GAAACUCCCACAACGCCAUUAAACCUGCGCACACAUUGCCUCGCUCUCUCUGCCUUAGCUUUCCUCUAAGGCAGGGAGAAUCGGAGCCUUCCGCCUCUCGAGAAAUUAUCGCCCAAAAAAAAUAAUAAGGAAAUAAAGAAGAAAGGGAAGAUGGCAUUCCAAGAUUUCGAUCACUUGUCGGAGCGGCGGCGAGCCGAGAGGAAGCAGAAGCUGAGGAAACGGAUCGCCAUCGCUGUGGUCUCGUCUCUCGCCCUCGCCGGAGUCGUGGCCGGCUGCGUCAUCGCCGUCGUGCAGAGGUCGGGCAGCACCAAGACCACGAGCAAUGCGGCCCCGGCCGAGCCGGCAAGUCAGAUUUCCCACUCCCAAAAGAUGAUAAAGAUGAUAUGCUCCUCGACGGAUUACCAGGAGACCUGCACCAACACCUUCAACAAGGCGGUGAAGUCGGACGCGAACUUGACCCAACCCAAGGACCUCCUCAAGGUGGCGAUCGGGGCUGCCUUCGACGAGGUUGAGGGGGCCUUCAACAAGACGAAGAAGUUUGAAUUCACGACCCCGAAAGAGAAGGCCGCAUUUGAGGAUUGCAAGCAGCUGCUGGAGGACGCCGUGGAAGAGCUGGGCUUCUCCGUGAACAACCUUGGUGACAGUAUUGGGAAGUUCUCCUCCAAGACCCCGGAUUUGAACAACUGGUUGAGCGCCGUGAUGUCCUACCAGCAUGCAUGCGUGGACGGGUUCCCCGAUGGGAAACUGAAGACCGAAAUGCAGAAGACGAUGAAGAUCGCCGAGGAACUCACCAGCAACUCCCUUGCCAUCAUCUCGGAGGUGUCUUCUUUUCUUUCCACGUUCCAAGUUCCAGGAGCUACCCGACAUCUACUCGAGGAGGAGGCAUCAGGCCUGCCAGUUGUGGAUCAUGACGGCCUUCCUAGCUGGAUGAAUCAAGAGGAGAGGCGGAUGUUGAAGGGAAAGCGCGGCCCGAAAUUGACCCCGAAUGUUGUCGUGGCAAAGGAUGGCAGCGGGAAAUUCAAGACUAUCUCCGAGGCAUUGGCGGCGAUGCCAGAGAAGUACACCGGAAGGUACGUCAUCUACAUCAAAGAAGGAGUUUAUGACGAGUACAUCACCGUGACGAAGAAGAUGGUUAACGUGACCAUGUACGGGGACGGGUCGCAGAAGACCAUCGUUACUGGGAACAAGAACUUUGUCGAUGGAGUUAGGACUUUCAAGACCGCGAGUUUCACUGCUCUAGGAGAGGGCUUUAUGGCCCAGGCCAUGGGGUUCAGGAACACGGCGGGCCCCGAGAAGCACCAGGCGGUGGCCAUCCGAGUUCAGUCGGACCGCGCCAUCUUCCUCAACUGUAGGUUCGAGGGGUACCAGGACACCCUGUACGUGCAGACCCACCGUCAGUUCUACCGCAGCUGUGUGAUUGCUGGCACGGUUGACUUCAUCUUCGGGGAUGCCACUGCCGUCUUCCAGAACUGCCUGAUCGUCGUGCGGAAGCCCUUAGAUAACCAGCAGAACAUCGUCACGGCGCAGGGGCGUUACGACAGGCGCGAGACCACGGGGAUUGUCCUCCAGAACUGCCGCAUCACAGCCGACAAGAAGCUCAUCCCCGUCAAGUCCAAGUUCCGGACAUACCUGGGCCGGCCCUGGAAGGAGUUCUCGAGGACCAUCAUCAUGGAGUCGACGAUCGAGGACUUCAUCGACCCGGCAGGCUGGAUGCCAUGGGAGGGUGAGUUCGCGCUCAAGACCCUGUACUAUGCGGAGUACAACAACAAGGGGCCGGGCGCAAAGCUCGACACCCGAGUGAAGUGGCCCGGUUACAAGAAGAUACAGAAGCAGGAGGCAGCCAAGUUCACCGUCGGCACCUUCCUGGACGCGGGCUGGAUCAAGGGAGCUGGUGUCCCCGUCCACUUCGGCCUGAAUAACUAAAUCUAUCCGAGUAGCGGACCGAUGAACGUGGAUUGUGCAGGGAAAGUGAUAAUUGAAAUCGAUUUUGUGCAGAGGGAGGAAAAAACCUGGCAUGCUUCGUUGGUAGACUCUACAAUGUGAAAAUCCUGGUCCUUUAUAUAAUCUUCUGUCGUUGAUCGAUCACGCUAGGAAACCAUCUACGCAAUUUGUUAGAACAGCUGAUCGUGCCUUUUUUGUGGAGAA